UAAAUGUUCCGUUCCCACAAUGCGGCAUCCAUGGAUGGCAGCAGGACAUGUGGGCAGCACGGAAUUACGGUGUUUGUCAUACUAUGGAAGAACAUUUGAGUCCAAGUUCGUAUAAACUCUAUAUUUAGAAUGUAAUGUAUAAAAAGCAAACGGGUUUAACAUUGCACAUAAGGUUCUCCAAGAGAAUGAGGGGAAAAGUUGCUUUUUGAUCUAGGCACCAACGGACCUGGAGGUUGAUUGUGGCUGCCAUCAGGUACAUAUAAAGCAUAUAAAGCACCUUAGAAUGAAUUCUUUCCUUUUCAGGUCUUUUCCUAUAGAGUCCCGGAACAGCGUCAGUCACGACGGGCAAGGAAGGAAGGACCAUAGGUACCUAGGUACGCAAAGGUCAAGCUUAAAAUUUAGCUUGAGAAACUUGUUCCACUCUAUUUUAUAAGAGGGGGAAAGAAGAAGAAGAAGAACAAAACACAAUGAGAACCACAGCUGCUAGGGCGCUGCUGCGACAAAGCCGAGCUUGUCCCCAGCUUGGGAGAGUCCACGACGUAAUUACCACCACCAACACCACCACCCCGCCAUCCCUUCUCCUUCGCCCAUGUAUAUCCGCCGGUACGGGUACGGGCGCGGCCACCGCCAAUCUUCGUGCCCUACACACGACCUCAGCGUUGUGGAAGGCCAAAGCAUCCAAGGAAAGCAAGAACCAUAAAAAACAAGCCUCUGCCAGCAACAGCAGCAGCGGGGCAGCAGACCACGCCGACGGCGACGAUCCCAGCGGCCCCAAACACCCGCCCGCGAACCCGGAGGAGCCGCUCAACUUCGCGGACGUCGAGUCGCGCGUGCGGCGCCACGCCGAGCACCACCGGGAGCUGCUGAAGCGGCUGCGGGUGGGCGGGCGCUUCAACCCGGACGUGGUGGGGGCGCUGCGGGUGCAGCCGGACCGCAAGGACGCGGGGACGACGUACCCGCUGCGGGAGGUGGCGCAGGUAGUCGCGCGGGGCGGGCGGACGAUCAGCCUGAUCGCGCACGAGGCCGGGUACGUCAAGGCGAUCAUGAGCGCGGUGCAGGCCAGCCCGGACUUCAACCAGCAGCCGCAGCGCGCCCCGGACAACGAGCUCGAGCUCGUGCUCAAGAUCGAGCCCGAGUCCCGCGACGACCUGCUGCGCCGCGCCAAGGCCCUCUGCAACGACUGGCGCGACCGCGUCCGGAGCGUCCGCCAGAGGCGCGACAAGCAGCACGCCACCUGGCAGAAGAACGGCGACAUCGGCCCCGACUUGAAGCGGACCGCGGAUAAGGAGCUCGAUAAGAUUAUCAAGGCCAAGAUGGCGGAGAUAGAUGUCCUGGAGAAGGAUACCAUUAAGUCCCUGCCUGUUUAAGGAAAAAAAGAGGCCGGCAAAGGGGGAUAGGUGCAAGGAUGGCUUGGCCAGCUGUAAUGUAUACCUCCUAUGAUCAUUACUAGUUUGCCUUCGGUUUGGAACAUAAGAAAAGGGUAUGGUAUGGUGUGGCAUGGCAUGACAUGGUAUGGCUUCACCAGUAAGAGUGUGCAUAGUUAAAUUCUAUAGCCCAGGUGUAUAAUAGAC